AUGAAGGGUCUAGAUAUGUUGAAAGCCAAUGAUAAGAAAAUAGAUUUUAAUAAUUUAAAUCUCGAUCGCUCAUAUACCCUUGAAGAAUUUGAAUUCAUCAACGACCAGCUCAAGACACGCAUUCUAGAAAUUGACAGACAUCCAGUUAACCUUUUUGAUCUUGACAAAAACGGCAAGCUUAUCCCUAUGCCACAAUCACCUUACUCUAGAGAAAAAGUUGUUGCUGAAAUUGUUAGACAACUUAGUAAUUGGAAUAUCUGGACACGGCAAAAUGGGGGCGUUACCUCGUCACAGGGAGGAUUCGAUUUUGAUGUUGGGGGUGGUAAAGCAAUCAGAGCGCCAGAUAUUGCUUAUACACCCAAAGAAAUAGAUUAUCAAUUGGAUGCACAACAGAAUUGGAGUUUUAAAGGUGAUCCUUUCACCCCUAUAUUUGUUAUCGAAGUUGGAAACAUUUCAAGUCAUUCAAAGUUUGUGGAACUUGAUAGAAAAUUCAAGGAUGUAUACUUCGCGGAGGGGACCUCUGUACAAUUAGGGUGGUUAAUAGACCCAGAAAAUAAAGAGAUUCACAUAUAUAGAAGGGAUCGACGCCGUAUUAAUCACGGAUGGAAAGAUGUUGAUAAUGUGGAUUUUUUACCAAUGUUUACUUUAGUAAUAUGGAAAAUAGAACAUAUAAUUUUGCAGCGAGAAUCUAUAUCACCUGAACCAUCAUCAUUCUCUUGCAAUUCAUGUUCAGAAACCUUCACUGAUCCAUACGUUAUGAUUACACAUGUUGAGGAUAAGCAUGCGUACAAACAAAGACAUUGA